AUGGUGAUGCCUUCGUUGAAGCUUCAGGAUCUAAUCGAGGAGAUUCGCGGGGCCAAGACCCAGGCACAGGAGCGGGAGGUGAUCCAGAAGGAGUGCGCCCACAUUCGUGCCUCCUUCCGGGAUGGGGACCCUCUGCACAGGCACCGUCAGCUGGCCAAACUGCUCUACGUCCACAUGUUGGGCUACCCUGCCCACUUUGGACAGAUGGAGUGCCUGAAACUGAUCGCCUCCCCCAGAUUCUCAGACAAGAGGGUGGGCUACCUGGGGGCCAUGCUUCUAUUGGAUGAGAGGCAGGAUGCCCACCUGCUCAUUACCAACAGCAUCAAGAAUGACUUGAGCCAGGGGAUUCAACCAGUACAGGGUCUGGCCCUGUGCACUUUGAGCACUAUGGGCUCUGCUGAGAUGUGCCGGGACCUGGCCACAGAGGUGGAGAAACUGUUCCAGCAGCCCAGCCCCUACGUGCGCAAGAAGGCUAUUCUUACUGCGGUGCACAUGAUUCGGAAGGUCCCUGAGCUCUCAAGCAUCUUCCUCCCACUCUGUGCCCAACUGCUUCACGAGCGCCACCACGGCAUCCUGCUGGGGACCAUCACGCUGAUCACGGAGCUCUGCGAAAGAAGCCCUACAGCUCUCAGGCACUUUCGAAAGGUGGUACCCCAGCUGGUGCAGAUCCUCCGGACUCUGGUGGCAUCAGGAUAUUCCACAGAACACAGCAUAUCUGGAGUCAGUGACCCCUUCCUGCAGGUCCAGAUACUUCGUCUUCUUCGGAUUCUGGGCCGGAACCAUGAGGAGAGCAGUGAAGCCAUGAAUGACUUGCUGGCCCAGGUGGCCACUAACACAGAAACCCGCCAAAAUGCAGGCAACGCAGUCCUGUUUGAGACAGUGCUUACCAUCAUGGACAUACACUCUGCAGCUGGCCUAAGGGUUCUAGCUGUCAACAUUCUUGGCCGCUUCCUACUCAACAGUGACAAGAACAUUAGGUAUGUAGCCCUGACAUCAUUGCUGCGGCUGGUACAGUCUGAUCACAGCGCUGUGCAGCGGCACCGGCCCACUGUGGUGGAAUGUCUGCAGGAACCUGACCCCUCCCUUAGCCGGAGAGCCCUGGAAUUGAGCUUGGCUCUGGUGAACAGCUCCAAUGUGCGAGCCAUGACAAGGGAGCUACAAGGCUUUCUGGAGUCCUGUCCCCCUGAUCUACAGGCUGACUGUGCAUCAGGCAUUCUGUUAGCUGCAGAGAGGUUUGCCCCAACCAAGCGCUGGCACAUAGACACUAUCCUGCAUGUGCUGACUACGGCAGGUAACCAUGUGCAGGAUGACGCAAUAGCCAACCUGACCCAGCUGAUUGGGGAAGCCCAGGAGCUGCAUGCUUAUUCUGUGCGCCGCCUCUACAGUGCCCUGGCAGAGGACAUCUCCCAGCAACCACUGGCACAGGUGGCUGCCUGGUGCAUCGGGGAAUACGGGGACCUCCUGUUGGAGGGAAGCUGUGAAGAAACUGAGCCUCUUCAGGUAGAGGAAGAAGAAGUGUUGGCACUGCUGGAAAAGGUGCUCCAGUCCCAUAUGUCCCUGCCGGCCACCCGAGGAUAUGCCCUCACAGCCCUCAUGAAGCUCAGCACCCGCUUUCAUGGGGUCAGCAACCGCGUCCACCAGGUGAUGUCCAUCUAUGGGAGCUGUCUAGAUGUGGAACUGCAGCAGCGGGCUGUGGAGUAUAACCAAUUCUUCCAGAAGUAUGACCACAUGAGGGCCGCCAUCCUUGAGAAGAUGCCUCUUAUGGAACGAGGUAGCCCUCAGGUUGAGGAGAAGGCUGAGGAAAGCAAAGCAGCCCAGCUUACAGAAACAGCCCCUGUUCCCACAGAGCCCCAGGCCUCAAAGCUCUUGGAUCUAUUAGACCUCCUGGAUGGUCCUUCUGGGGAUACCCAGCAUCCUCCCCACCUUGAUCCCUCCCCAGGAGGUGCAUUAGUACACCUCCUCGACUUGCCCUGUGUUCCUCCACCCCUGGCUCCCAUCCCAAAUCUCAGAGUGUUUGAGCGCCAGGGGCUACAGCUGAAUUUGUCUUUUGUUCGACCCCCUGGAAUCCCUGCUUUGCUUUUAAUCACUGCCACUGCCACCAACUCCUCAGAGAGUGAUGUCACCCACUUCGUCUGCCAGGCUGCUGUGCCCAAGAAUUUCCAGCUGCAGCUCCAGGCUCCUAGUGGGGACACACUUCCAGCUCAGGGUGGCCUUCCUAUCACCCAGCUCCUCAGAAUCCUCAAUCCUAACAAGGCCCCCUUGCGGCUAAAACUGCGCCUCACCUACAACCACUUUGGGCAGUCAGUGCAGGAGAUCUUUGAGGUAAACAACUUGCCUUUGGAGACAUGGCAGUAA